UCAGAAUCAGAGGCCUGGCCCAGCCCUGUGAUUUAGCCAAAUUCAAUAUGAGGUGUCCGUCUAUUCACCGAUAAAAGUUGAAUAACUCUUUAAUACCACCGAUGAACUAUUCCCAGCACUUUGGCAGCAGAUGUUCUGAAUUGGCCUAAACUACAGUUUGUUUUGUUGUUUAACUGGUGUGAGUCAUCACUGACAUCACCAUCACAUCAGUGUGAAUGGAUUGCACCAUGUCCAGGUGUUAUGUGACUGUGGUCAUUUCAUUGCACAGAGGCGAACAGAAUAACUCCAUUAAACAUAAUUCAAACAGCUUUGGAUUGCAUUGUACAAAUCAAGCUCUUUCCUAACUCUGGGUGACGGCACAGGCCACUGAAUGAAUCAGUAAGGGGUCAAAACAUCGAGAAGGGUCACUGAUGAAGCCAGGAAAUAUAUCGUCAGAUAAAUCGGUUUCAGAAAAAGGAACUAGAACAAUGGACCAGGGGACUACGAGGAGCACUGGGCUGUGUGUCUACAGUUUAUGUGACCUGAAAGUUGCCCGUGAGAAGUUGAGUGGACUUAGUCUGGUGACAUGUGUGAAGACGGCAGUCACUGACAGCAAGGAAGAGGCAGAGAGAAGGAGAUUGACUGCUGUAGGACUGGGAGGAGAGAAGGAGCCCAAAGAUGAAACAGUCGAGCUGAAUCUUGCCAUAUCUGAUCGGAUGAGUUGUUCCUUCUGCAAUGUUGAGUUUGCUGAUAGGGAUGAGCAGGUCCGACAUUAUAAAUCUGAUUUCCAUCGCUUCAACUUGAAAAGGAGGCUUCGGGGAGCACCGCCGGUCACCGAGGAGGGCUUUGAAGAUAUCGCAGACAACAUGAGCAGUAGCCUAUCAGGAUCUGACUCGUCUUCCGAUGAUGAGGAAUCUGACCAAGAUGCCGAGAAUCCAUCCGUGAUUGUACCGGCUGUAAAAGACGACCGGACAGAAGAGGCUAAACCGUCAUCUGGACGGACCCCUGUGGUCUAUUUUAAAAAUGCAGAUGGGGAAUUGCUGUCCAUGUAUAGGUGUGUACUCCAUGGGAAAAAGAAUAUUCCCGAGACUGAUGCAGACUUGCUGUCCUUGGCUGAAUCCUCACCAUUGAAUCCCCAAUGGGCAGUUCUAAUGGUAGCUGGCGGCCAUUUUGCUGCAGCAAUAUUCAACAGUGAUGAAAUAACUGAGCAUAAAACGUUCCACCGCUACACUGUACGAGCCAAGCGAGGUACGGCACAAGGACUUCGUGACAGCCAGGGUAAUGCACCAAAGUCUGCCGGCGCAAGUUUGAGGAGAUAUGGAGAAGCCUCCCUGAUCCAGGAGACACAAGACCUACUGCAGUCGUGGUCAGAACAGUUGAAAAAGUGUUCAGUGAUAUUCUUGAGAGCCCCAAGCUACAAUCGAGCGCUAUUCUUUGGUCAUAAGAAUCCUCCUUUUGAUAAGAACGACACUAGAGUACGAAUGAUACCUUUUGCUACACGUCGACCGACCUUCAAUGAAGUAAAACGUGUCCAUGGAGUUCUUUCGUCUGUGAUCAAUUAUGGCCUUGCUGAAGAAGUGGACUUGGAUCUCAUUAUUAAGUCACCAACCAGGCAAAAGAGGGCACCAGCCCCCAGAAAACAGUCCCAGGUAGAAGCAUUCAUAAAACAAGUCACAAAGAAAUCUGAAAAUGCCAGCGCCGCUGCUGCUGAGAGUUCAGAUGAUGAGUUGGAUGGUGAAGUGAACCUUUUCACAGUCAAGGAGAUCCUGACGACUAUUGACCUGAAGAUGUUCGAGAUGACUAAAAAACCGAAGAGGAGGAACAAGAAGAAGAAGAAGAAAGACAAGGAGGAGGAUUUUGGCAGCGAUGGUGAAGUGGAUGGAGAAUAUGGCGGGAUACAGAAUGGGAAACUGGUUGCUGCCAUCCUGGAUAAUGGAGUGGCUGCUGAACUGGAACACAUUCAAAAUGGACUGUACACAUCUGCAAGGACAGGAAAUACGAACUCGCUGGAAUCAUCGCUGAAAGAUUUACGAGAAUAUGUGGAAAGGACUGCUGGAGAUAGUGGGGAGGCUUUGUCUGAUUGUGCUGCGAAAAAAUCACUUGGGGAUGAAGACGCAAGGGACAAUAGUGUUGCAGAAAACUCAGUCUUGCCAGAAAGUACUGAAUUUAGGAAUAAAGUCGCAGAGACUCCUGUCGCUGGAGAUGUAGAAUCGCCUCUUCAUUUAGCUCGGACCAAAGCUUGCAAAAAUGGUGCUGAAAGAUAUUUAGCAAUAUUGAAUAGGACGUUUGGUGGAAACAGGGAGACGUUGCUGCAUGUGUCGUCGAGAAUGGGCAAGGCUGGCGUGAUUAUGUCUCUGUUGGAGGCCGGAGCGGAUCCAUGUGUGAGGAAUGGGAACAAACUACCACCAUAUGCUGUCGCGGCGUCUAAAGAAAACAGGAACGUCUUCCGUCGCUUCAUGGGGAAGAACCCGGACAAAUAUGACUACGCACUGGCACAGAUUCCAGCGCCCCUGUCGGAAGAAAAAGAGGCUGAAAGGAAAGCAAAAGAAAGUGAGAGAAAGAAGGCCGCGAAGAAGGCAAAACAGGAGCAAAUGAAGAAUGCGAGAGCCAAGGAAGCCGAGCGAGAGGCCGAGGAGAGAGAGAAGAGACGCUACUUGAACCUCAGUGAAAGAGAAAAGAGAGCCUUGGCUGCCGAGAAGAGACUAGUCAAACAAGCAGAGGAACAAACUGGGGCGCGACCUGUCCUGAGCACCGCCGCAUAUAUCAUUUUCCUUGAUGUCUAUCACAUCGUAGAAUGGCUGCUCCACUUCUUUCUCUAUGUAGUCAUUGUCCUAGUAGUUUGUUUACUAUUAGUGGACAGUGAGUCGCUGCUGGCAUUGUGGAACCGAUAUAACCGGCCUAACCCCAUUUGAAUAUUACGACUACAAGUUUUGUACGACAAAGUGUCUGAGGGCUCAUAGGAUUUCUAAUCAGGAGAAAAAGUCAUGAUAGUGGAUGAUUUUUAGGAAUUUUG